AUGGAUACUAAGAAGAGCUCGAUCCAAGUAGAGGUGAGGAUAAACCCAAGAUUGGAUAAUGCACUCGAAUGUGGAGCUAACACACUAACUGCAGGAACAAAGACAUAUACAUUCAACCGAAUACAUCUCACAACAUCACAAUCUCAGAUGUAUAACAAAAGCGUCAGGCAUCUUACAGAGGCAUUUCUUCAGGGAUACAAUUGUACAGUCAUGGCAUAUGGACAGACAGGCAGCGGUAAAACAUACACAAUGGGUAUAACACAUGAAGAUGUGACAGGUGUUGUUCCUCAGGCUCUUAGGCAUAUAUUUACGAAAAGUUUGGAAAUUACUUGUACUUUUAUUGAGGUUUACAAUGAAGAAGUAAUAGACUUAUUCAGUCAUCACAAACGACCUCUGAGUCUUAGGGAAGCAAAUGGAGAAGUGAUUGUUGCAGGUGUAAGUGAGGUAUGCCUGAACUCAUAUGAAGAUGGAAUAGCAGCUUUGAGCAAGGGAUCACUUGAAAGAACAACAAAGUCAACAAAUAUGAAUUCUAAGUCGUCACGAAGUCAUGCAAUAUUCACUCUUUUUUACAAGUGUGAAGUAAAUGAUUCGUUUGUGAUUUCUAAGUUUUCGUUUGUUGAUCUGGCAGGAAGCGAGAGAUUGAAGCGGACGCUGUGUGCUGGAGACCGUGCAAAAGAAGGAAUAUCCAUAAACUCUGGACUGUUAGCAUUAGGAAAUGUGAUUUCAGCAUUGUUCAAAAGAUCUCCGCAUGUUCCAUUCAGGGACUCUAAGCUUACGAGGAUUCUUCAAAGCUGUUUGAACGGAUAUGUACUGAUGAUAGCAUGUGUGUCUUCUUCUCAUGUAGAUAUGAAUGAAACACACAAUACGCUAAAGUAUGCAAGUAGAGCUGCAUCUAUUGAAACUUCUGUACGAAUGAACAUACAAGUUGAUGGAUCGAAGUUUGCAAUGUUACUGCUAAAGAAGGAGAUUCAGAAGCUGAAGGUUGAGAAUCAAAUGCUGAAAGAUAGAAUAAAGAGGGAUUCACAAGUGAAUGUGGAGGAGAUUAUCUGUGAGAACCGGACAUUGAAAUCAAAGAUCGAAUCGAUGAGUACCGAGAAGGAUGAUAAAAGAGAAGAACUUUCCCAGGAGAUUCUAAAACAUCCUUUUGUGCAGAACUUGAUUGACGAGAAUCAAAGGCUCAAUGAAAUGGUUCAAAAUAUGUGUUUUUCAAGAUCAGAAGCGCCGAUGUGUUCAAUGGCAACUGAGAAAGUCAAAGAAGCAUGCCGUAAAUCAAAGUUAGACGAUGAGCCAAAUUAUUGUGAAAAUAAUCGCAAAGAGGGUGGUAACGAAAUAAAUACCUUAGAUAUAUGGAGUAUGCCAGAAUCUAUGGUGUUGGGUAUUAAAAAAGUGUUAGAUAAAAAUCCAGAAAAAGUAGAUAUACAACGUGAUGAGAAAGAGAACAAUUCGCGAAUAGAUACAAUAAGGAAGCAUGUUGAUUCACUAGAAAUAUCGAAUACAGCUGAUGCAAUCAAUGGAAUUGAAAUCAAGCAGAAUAUAGAAAAAAUACACAAGAGAGCAGUAACCUUUGAUUUAGAAAGAAAUACAAAGAAAUACGCAUUAUUUACGCCAAGAAAAGAAAAAAUUACAAUGAAAACCACAAUUGAUAAUACAAUUACAGGAUAUCUGCCAACAGUUUUGACUUUCUAUGACUCAUGCGUUGUAUUUUCAUCAAUAGACAAUAAAGUAAGGCAGUGGGGCGAAGAAGUGUCCGUGUUAUUUGCUGAAGAAGGUAUAAGAUGCAUGGUAUCCGCAGAAACAUUGCUUUACACUACCAGAGGAAUGCUCAGAAGGUUUGAUCCAAGAUCUGGAACUCGUCCUGUUUAUAUGUUCAGGAGUGAAAUCUCUUCAAUCAUGUCUUCUGAGCAUUAUAUGUUUACUGGGCAUGAAGAUGGGACGUUUUCUAUACUUGAUGAUAGGAACUCAAAAAUAGUCGUCUCAGAAAAGGCACAUUCAGGAACAAUCUUCAGUAUAGAAAAGAUGGGCAAUGAUAUAUAUACCGCAUCUAGGGAUCACACAGUUAAAUGUUAUAAUGAUGGGUUUUUGACGCUUUCGCCUCCUCAUUUAGAUUCUGUUCAAGGACUAUUGAGUUACAACAGUGAUUUGGUAAGUUUUGGACGAGAUUGCUCAUUGAAAAGAUGGAAGAAUAGGUCUAUAGUCAAGACGGUUCCUUAUGCUCAUGAUUCUUGGAUAAAAUGUGGAGUGGCGAUGAAGGAUUCAUUUGUGACAGGCUCAAAAGAUGGAUCUCUACGAUUCUGGGAUUUUUGCGAUAAUUCAGUUUUUUGUGUUGGCAAGAUAAAGUUUGAAGGAUCUAUAAACUCUAUUGCAUUUGGAGGAGGAUCCAGUGUAUAUGUAGGAUGCCAAAACAAAGAAAUCAUGGCUAUAACAUGCAACUAUGACAGCUAA